AUGUCGGGCAUUCAUAAACCCAAACAACACUUUAAUCUCAACACCUCCUCGUCUCCCCUCAUCUCUCCUAUUCCUAAAAAUCCCUCCAAAGCUCUGUCCAAUCCCGACUGGAAAAACGCCAUGAACGACGAGUAUCGGGCCCUUAUUGAAAACAAGACAUGGGAACUAGUACCAAAGAAACUGGACAUGAAUAUAGUCCGUACUAUGUGGGUUUUUCGACACAAAAAGAAGGCAGAUGGGACACUUGAACGAUAUAAAGCUCGUCUCGUUUGUGACGGGCGUUCUCAACAGGUAGGUGUCGAUUACGGGAAAACAUUUAGCCCGGUUGUCAAACCGACAACAAUUAGAACGGUUCUCACACUUGCAUUAUCCAACUCAUGGCCAAUUCAACAAUUGGACGUAAAAAUGCUUUUCUCCAUGGACAUCUUCAGGAGACGGUCUUUAUGCACCAACCUAUGGGGUGUAGAGAUCCAAAUUAUCCACAACAUGUGUGUCUACUCAAGAAGUCUUUAUACGGCCUUAAACAAGCACCGCGUGCAUGGUAUCAACUUUUCGCCGAGUAUGUUUCAAAAAUGGGGUUUCGACAUAGCCAAUGUGAUCGCUCAUUAUUUAUCUUCAAAGAAGACAUUCACAUGGCCUUAA